UGUGCCAAAUCACCUGUUGUUAUUUUUGCAUAUCGUUAGUAUUUACUUUUUUUAAACCUUUGCAUAUAUUUUCUAGUCUAUAAAAUAACUGGCCGUUGCAUAAUGAUCCAAGUACGAUCCAGCCUCUACAGCCGAGUGCUGAGACCAAUAAUGAAUCUUGCUACUUUACAUCGCGAAAAUCAUACCGAAGCUAAAGUGCAGGUAAGUGAUAACGUCGCUAUCAAUUAUGUACAAAGCGGCAGUGGUGACAAAAGUCUGCUGCUAAUGCCCGGCGCAUUAGGGUCUGCGUGGACGGACUUUAAGCCCCAAAUCGAUAUGCUGCCUCAACUUUUGCCUAACCAUACAAUCAUCGCGUGGGACCCACCAGGCUAUGGAAAGUCCCGACCACCCGCGCGAGAAUUUGGUCUCGACUUCUUCCAAAAAGAUGCAAGCUAUGCUGUAGAUCUAAUGCGUGCUCUGGGUCGUCCUAAAUUUUCAAUACUAGGGUGGAGUGAUGGUGGUAUAACUGGUAUUAUUGUAGCAGGUCGCUUUGCCGAUUGCGUCGAAAAAUUGAUAAUUUGGGGUGCUGGCGCUUAUUUGAAUGCCGAAGAGGAGAAAGCGUUAAAAGCUAUUCGUGAUGUACAGAAGUGGUCACCUCGGAUGCGAGAACCAAUGGAAAAGGUCUAUGGGGUGGAGGAAUUUAGAAAAUUGUGGGCUGCAUGGGUUGAUGCCGCAGCGGCAAUAUAUACAGAUUGCAAAGGUGAUUUUUGUUGUGCUGAAGUGAAUCAAGUGAAAGCGCCGACAUUUAUAUUACACGGAAAGAAGGAUCCAAUGAUUGCUGCUGAGCAUAUACCAUACCUAAGAGAACGUAUUCAAGGCUGCAAGUACUACGAAUUUCCCGAAGGUAAACAUAAUAUUCACCUGCGCUAUGCUGAAGAAUUCAACAAAUUAGUGGCAGAGUUCUUGCUGCAAAAGUCUUAGUAAUAGCAUUUAGAAAUUUGAAAUUCUUAUGUGCGUACUUAUGGGCAUAUCCUGGGUAAAGGAUCCAACAUUUGCACGCGUUUAAGGAAGCUUUAAGUAG